CCCAAUCCAAGUGGUUGUUGGGAGUGAGAAGUCCAGGCACAAAGAAGAUAACUGAAUUUAUAGCCGUUGGAUGCUUCUCUUUUCCAUCCAUCCAAGCUCUUCGCCCAUCUUUUUCAAGACGACAAUUACUAUGUCAACCGACCUUUGUUUUUUGAAGAAAUUCUCUAUUUCCUGGAUAAGAUCAUGUGGAUCCAAAAAAUACAACCAAUCAAUUGAUUCCCCUUGGCUCAUUCAUUAAACUAUUCAAUACCCAUCACCAAAACAUAGAUAGAUUAUCACCAACAGCAAGUAAACUCUCACAAUUCGCCCCAAUUGGUCCACUUUUUUGGAAUCCGAAAGUGAUUUGAAGUAUUGGGUUUUCGUAUUUCUCUUCUUUUUUUUUAAUAUUGUUACAAUUCCAGCCACAAAAAGACGGAGAGCGCCACCCGUGGCUGUGGAUGGAAGAUUUUCUUGGGGACUUGUGGCUCUCUAUAUCUCUCUAGAUUCUCAUUCUACAGAGUCAUAGAGAGAGACUUGUAGAGAGAGAGAGAGAGGACUAGUUUUACUCGCCGGCGGUUUUGUUGACUUUCGCCGGUUUUCUUAAUUUGAUUCUCUCUCUACGGCCCAGAGUUUGUGGGUGCCAAGCUCGGUCUCUAUUGUUCAAUUGGAGAUUGGAAAACAAUAUUGGAAAUUGGAAAGAGAAAUCGUGCUCUGAUUGGCUUUGGAUCCAGUGACACCUGGAUUUCUCUACCUGUCUGGUUUCUCGAUUACAUGCCAAUCACUAUUAAAUCUCCUGAAAAAUGGAGAAUACCCAUGAAAGAUUGACCGGAGAAAACACACCCGAUUCGGGGCUACUUAUUACUUCUAAGAACCCUUUGUUCAGCAGCAAAUUCUCAUUGCCAUGGUUUCACUUGAGGGUUUUCUAUGUUAGAAUCAGCUGUUUCUCAGUUGACGAUUCAACCCCCGAGUGUCUCACUCUGAACCACGUCCGUCUGACCCCAGACACAAUCCUUGAAGUGAAUGGUGAGAGAUGUAGCACCAACUGUAAAGGAAUCUCAUCUGUUCUUCGGAGAGAUAGAGUCGAUAAGAAAUCCGAAGAAGCCACAUUCGUUUGCACCGAUAGUAUAAGGUUUGCUGGGAGUGUGAAAUUUGAGGUUUUUGAUAAGGAUGAUAUGGUGCUUUAUGGGGUUGUUGAAAUGUCUAGUAGUAAUGGUUUGAAUAGAGAAUUGAGGAGCACUAAAAAGUGGAAAAUGAACUGUGUAUCGGUGAUGAGUACUACCGGUGGAUUCUUGAAGGGGAAACAGAUUGUGGGUUCUGAAUCGUUUUCUCCUACGAUUGAUGUAUAUGUUGCUGGUUGCUGCUUGGACAAACCGAUUAUUCUGACCAAGACUUUGCAACUCGGGUUGAGAAAGAAGCACAAUAGGAAGGUGAUGUUGGAUUCGAUUCCGGAGUAUGAGACAACUGAAUCCCAGAAAAACACUCCAUCUGGACUUGAUCUGCAGGUAACUGAAUACAGAAACUACAAACCAGAAAGCGAAGAAGACUACAACAUGAUGCAUUGGGGGAGGACAGGAUACAUGGAAGGUGAAGAUGGUGAACUUUCCUGGUUCAAUGCCGGUGUUAGGGUUGGUGUCGGAAUAGGCCUAGGGGUUUGCCUUGGAGUUGGAAUAGGAGUCGGUUUAUUAGUCCGUACUUAUCAAGUCACUACCCGAAACGUAAGAAAUCGGUUUCCAUAAUUUCUCUUUACCAAGAACCAUUUUCUUUCUUUUAACUGCAUAUUUUUCACGCGGUGGAAGUUCUUGUAUUGGCAGCAGUUGUUUUUGCGUGUUUCACAUUCAUUUUUCGUGUAUGAUCUUGUUUUGUAAGCAGGGUGUUACUUUGUUACGGUGACGACUGUUUAGGUCUCAGGUUUGUACUAGUUAUAAGAUUGGAAGUGUUGCAUAUAUAAUAGGGCUUUGAUUUUGUAUUGCC